AUGUCGACUCCAAGGGUGCAGUUGCAUGUUGAAGAUCAAUAUGUGGUUAUGGAUAAUGGCAUUCUUCAAGUCACACUAUCAAAUCCUGGAGGAAUCGUUACUGGCAUUCAGUAUAAUGGUGUGGACAAUUUGCUUGAGGUUAAUGAUGACGAAUUUAAUAGAGGAUAUUGGGACCUUGUUUGGAGUGCAGCAGGAAGCACAGGGACAACAGGAACUUUUGAUGUGUUUGAAGGAACAAGUUUGAGGGUUAUAGUGGAAAAUGAAGACCAAGUAGAAAUCUCAUUCACAAGAACAUGGGAUUCCUCCCUUGAAGGCAAACUCGUUUCCUUAAACUUGGACAAAAGGAACAUUCCUGAACUAUCUAUUUAUGUUCACUUCAUAAAUCACAUAUUCAAUUCAUUAUUGGUCAAGACUGUUGGUGGUGAGAAUUGUUACGUUGAUGUGUUUUUUCCAGCAGACAACAGACAAAGAUUCAUGCCACUUCCUGAUGACAGGCUACCUGGGAGAGGUGAGCCACUAGACUUUCCUGAAGCAGUCUUGCUUGUCGACCCAGUGGAGCCUGAGUUCAAAGGAGAGGUGGAUGAUAAGUAUCAAUACUCAUGUGAGAAUAAAGAUCUCCAGGUUCAUGGGUGGAUUUGCUUUGAUCCACCCACAGGGUUCUGGCAAAUCACACCCAGCAGUGAGUUCCGGUCUGGGGGGCCACUCAAGCAGAACCUUACCUCCCAUGUUGGCCCCUAUACUCUCGCCAUGUUUCUCAGUGCUCAUUAUGCUGGAGAGGACCUAGUGCUAAAACUCAACCCUGGGGAACCAUGGAAGAAAGUUUUUGGACCAGUUUUUAUGUAUGUUAACUCUGUUGAGGAUAAAGAUAAUGCACUUUCCCUAUGGGAUGAUGCUAAAGAACAGUAUUUGAAUGAAGUCUACUGUUGGCCGUACAGCUUUCCAGCUUCUGAUGAUUUUCCAAGUUCCGAUGAACGUGGUAAAAUCAGUGGUAGAUUACAAGUCCUAGAUAGGUAUAUAAGCCAAGAAUGCCUACCUGCUAAUGGCGCUUAUGUGGGCUUGGCACCGCCAGGAGAUGUUGGAUCAUGGCAAAGAGAAUGCAAGGGAUACCAAUUCUGGACCAAAACGGAUGGUGACGGCUUUUUCUCCAUUAGCGAUAUACGCACUGGCGACUAUAAUCUUUACGCGUGGAUUCCUGGUUUCAUCGGGGAUUACCGUAAUGAUACUAUCAUUACAGUAACUGCAGGUUGCGAUAUCAAUGUUGGUCAUCUUGUAUAUGAACCUCCGAGAGAUGGCCCAACAGUGUGGGAAAUAGGCACACCUGAUCGAUCUGCUGCAGAGUUUUACAUUCCUGAUCCUAACCCGAAGUAUAUUAACAAACUUUUCAUCAACCAUCCUGACAGGUUUAGGCAGUAUGGGCUGUGGGAAAGGUAUGCUGAUUUAUAUCCUGAUGGGGAUCUGGUAUACACAAUUGGUCUCAGCGACUACAAGAAAGAUUGGUUUUUCGCUCAAGUAAACAGGAAGAAAGAGGAUGGCACGUUUAAAGGAACUACAUGGCAAAUCAAGUUCAAGCUGGACGAUGUAGAUCAUAGUGGCACGUUCAAGUUACGAUUGGCACUGGCUACGGCCAAUGUUGCAGAACUGCAAGUUAGGAUAAACGAUCCAAAAAUAGAUCCUUCCCAUUUUUCAACUGGAGAAAUUGGGCAUGACAACACAAUUGCAAGGCAUGGAAUUCAUGGUCUCUACCGCCUUUACAAUGUAGAUGUGCCAGGCACUUUGCUUGUGGAAGGAGAUAAUACCGUAUUUCUGACACAAGCAAUUAGCACCGGCCUUACGCAGGGAAUCAUGUGCCCAGGACUUCUUUAUAAAUCAACUGCUGCCUCAGUUAUAAGAUCAACAUCGUCAUCCCUCAAAGAGGUUCCACAACAUUAUAAGAGCUUCAUCAUGUCAAGCCAAGGAGUGCAGUUGCAUAUCCAAGAACGUCAUGUGGUGAUGGAUAAUGGCAUACUCCAAGUCACAUUAUCCAAACCAGAGGGGAUUGUCACUGGAAUAAGCUAUAAUGGCAUCAACAAUUUACUUGAAGUCCUCAACGAUGAAUCCAAUAGAGGGUAUUGGGAUCUUGUAUGGAGUAAAGAAGGGAGUACAGGAACCACAGGAACAUCUUAUGUGAUUAAAGGGAAAAGUUUUCGAGUGGUGGUAGAAAAUGAGGAACAAGUAGAAAUCUCAUUCACUAGAAUGUGGGAUCCCUCACUCGAGGGCAAGCUUGCUCCCCUGAAUAUAGACAAGAGGUUUAUAAUGCUUCGUAAUUCCUCUGGCUUCUACUCCUAUGCCAUUUAUGAGCAUUUUAAGGAAUGGCCUGCUUUCAACCUUCCCCAGACCAGGAUUGUAUUCAAGCUUAGAAAAGACAAGUUUCACUACAUGGCAGUGGCGGAUAACAGGCAAAGACGCAUGCCUUUACCAGAGGACCGGUUACCAAGAAGAGGCAAACCCCUUGCUUACCCUGAAGCCGUCCUACUUGUCCAUCCUGUGGAGGCUGAAUUUAAAGGAGAGGUGGAUGAUAAAUACCAAUACUCGUGCGAGAAUAAAGAUCUUCGGCUUCAUGGAUGGAUAUGCUUCGACCCCCCAGUGGGAUUCUGGCAAAUUACACCCAGCAAUGAGUUUCGAUCCGGAGGACCCCUGAAGCAAAACCUUAGUUGUCAUGUUGGUCCCAUCAAUCUUGCUAUGUUUCAUGGUGCCCAUUAUUCAGGGGAGGAUAUGGUGCUAAAACUCAAACCGGGUGAGCCAUGGAAGAAAGUUUUUGGCCCUGUAUUUAUCUAUCUCAAUACUUUGUUGGAUGAUGAAAAUGAAACACGUUGGCUAUGGGAGGAUGCUAAAGAACAGACGUUGAUUGAAGUUCAGAGCUGGCCCUACAGUUUCCCAGCUUCAGAGGAUUUCCCAUCAUCAGAACAACGCGGUUGUAUCAGUGGUAGAUUGCAAGUUCAAGACAGGUUUAUUAGCGAUUACAGUAUGCCAGGCAAUGGCGCUUAUGUGGGAUUGGCACCACCGGGAGAUGUUGGAUCAUGGCAAAGAGAAUGCAAGGGUUACCAGUUCUGGACCAAGGCAGAUCCAGAAGGUUAUUUUUUCAUUAAUGAUGUACGUACUGGUGAUUAUAACCUUUAUGCAUGGCUUCCUGGUUUUAUUGGGGAUUACCGAAAUGAUGAAGUUAUUACCAUAACCCCAGGUUGUGAUCUGGACUUGGGUGGCGUUAUAUAUAAACCUCCAAGAGAUGGCCCUACAUUGUGGGAAAUAGGCAUUCCUGACCGUUCUGCUGCAGAAUUCUACGUUCCAGACCCCGAUCCUGAGUAUAUCAAUAAACUUUAUGUCAAUCAUCCCGACAGGUUCAGGCAGUACGGAUUAUGGGAAAGGUAUGCAGAUUUAUACCCUAACGAAGAUUUGGUUUACACGGUUGGGACAAGUGACUAUGCAAAAGAUUGGUUCUUCGCUCAAGUUACAAGGAAGAAAGAUGAUGAUUCAUAUCAAGGAACUACAUGGAAGAUCAAGUUCAAACUUGACGAUGUACAAAAGCGUGGAUCAUACAAACUACGAUUAGCACUUGCAACUGCAAAUGUUGCUGAAUUGCAGGUUCGCAUCAAUAAUCCAGUAACAAAUCCACCCCUAUUUUCAACUGGAGUAAUUGGGCAUGACAACACAAUUGCGAGACAUGGAAUCCAUGGACUCUACUGGCUUUACAACAUAGAAGUGCCAGGUUCUCAGCUCGUGGAAGAGGAUAAUACUGUUUUCUUGACUCAAACUAUGGCCACCAGCGCUUUCCAAGGAAUCAUGUAUGACUACAUACGUUUAGAAGGCCCCGCAUCUUCUAAUUCUGACAACUAA